ACUGAGUAGUCGAACACAGAGUGGCAAUCUUGUCCGUGCAGUUUCUGUUGACGUGGUAACGGCGACUGUUGUCAGUUUGGGUGGAAAAUCUCCACAUAUUCAUGAGUUAAAGUGAGUUAAAAUAGUGCCAUUAAAAGCGAGAAGUCAUGCUGGACUUUGCCAUCUUUGCUGUUACGUUUGUCAUCAUUCUGGUCGGCGCUGUUCUUUAUUUGUAUCCGUCAUCCAGAAGGGCCUCUGGCAUCCCAGGUCUCAAUCCUACAGAUGAGAAGGAUGGGAACCUGCAGGACAUUGUGAACAAAGGAAGUCUGCAUGAGUUCCUCGUCAGUCUGCAUCAGGAGUUCGGGUCUGUGGCGUCGUUCUGGUUCGGCGGCCGGCCGGUGGUCAGCCUGGGCUCUGUGCAGCAGCUACGGCAACACAUCAACCCCAACCACAGCACUGACUCCUUUGAGACGAUGCUGAAGUCGUUGCUAGGUUACCAGUCAGGAAUGGGGGGUGGGGCCACCGAAACGGUCAUAAGGAAAAAGGUGUAUGAGAGUGCCAUUAACAACACACUGAAGAACAACUUCCCUCUUGUGCUCAAGCUGGUAGAGGAGCUGGUGGGGAAGUGGAAGUCAUUCCCAGAGGCUCAACACACGCCGCUGUGUGGCCACCUGUUGGGUCUGGCCAUGAAGACUGUUACCCAGCUGGCUCUGGGUGAGAGCUUCAGAGACGACACUGAGGUUAUUUCCUUCCGCAAGAACCACGAGGCGAUCUGGUCAGAAAUCGGGAAAGGCUACUUGGACGGUUCCCUGGAGAAGAGCUCCAGCAGGAAAGGACAUUAUGAGAAGGCUUUGUCAGAGAUGGAAUCUGUGCUGCUGUCAGUGGCGAGGGAGAGAAAAGCCCAGAGGAAGCAGACGGUGUUUGUGGACACUCUGCUUCAGUCCAGCCUCACAGAACGACAGAUCAUGGAGGACUGUAUGGUUUUCACUUUGGCCGGAUGCGUCAUCACUGCCAACUUGUGUAUCUGGGCACUUUACUUCCUGUCCACCUCGGAGGAAGUUCAGGAGAAACUGUAUCAGGAGCUGGAAGAGGUUUUGGGUUCGGAUCCAAUUUCCUUAGACAAGAUCCCUCAGCUCAGAUACUGCCAGCAGGUCCUCAAUGAGACAGUGAGGACUGCCAAGCUGACCCCUGUCGCGGCUCGGCUUCAGGAAGUGGAGGGCAAAGUCGAUCAACAUGUCAUCCCCAAAGAGACUUUGGUCAUCUACGCUUUGGGAGUGGUUCUGCAAGAUUCUGACACCUGGAGCACCCCAUACAGGUUUGACCCGGAUCGAUUUGAGGAGGAAUCAGUCAGGAAGAGCUUCUGUCUGCUUGGAUUCUCAGGGAAUCAAACAUGCCCAGAGCUCAGGUUCGCCUACACUGUAGCUACUGUCCUGCUCAGCACGUUGGUGCGGCAGCUGAAACUUCACCAGUUGAAGGGACAGGUCAAGGAGGUCCGAUCUGAGCUGGUAUCCACACCUAAGGACGAAACCUGGAUCACCGUCAGCAGAAGGAGCUAGAAUUAGACUUUAAAAGAAAACCCAGCCGGGAUGAAGAGCUGAAGAGUUAAUAAAUAAAUACAUUUAACAUCUAGAUUUAAAAGAAUUACCAGCAAAGUAUUUCUUGAAUGUUGUGGCUCCAGUCUGCCAGAAAAUGCUUUUUUUUUCCAACCAAUAACUCCUGUGUCAUUAUGGUAUUUGACACUUUUUGGGGAUUAAACGGGAUUUGUAUGAUUCUUGAAGGCACUUGUUGUUGUUGUUGUUGUUGUUGUUGUAAAGAGCAUUUUGCCAACUUUUUAUCCACAGUCAUUUUUGCAUACAAGUUGCACCACCACAAGUUCCCAUGGUUGUCUUUCUGGUGCUUUUUACUGUACGGUAAUCUGAGGCCUUAAACACAUCAUUACCUUGUCUGUCCACAGGUCAGAUUUGCACUUGUUGAAGGACUCCAUCUGUUAAAGGAGGGAAACUUCAGUGGUUUAAUACUCUACGAUGUAUAAGAAAAACAACUUUCGAUAAUUCCUAGUACAACUGCUUUGAGUUAAAAUUCCCACUGACUUGUGGCUUGUUUGUCCAUUGAUGAAUAACCCACAUUGCAUGUGGACAUUUCAUUCCUUUUCUAAACACAGUUGCAUCUUACAUAUUAUUAAAUAUGUAUGAGGA